AUGUAUAAAGGAUUAGAAGAAGUUGUUUUGCAUGGAGAAACUACUCCUUCGUCUCAAGGAAAGAGAAUUAUUCUACCGUCAAGCUUCACAGGUGGUGCACGAUACAUGCUUCAAAAUUAUCAAGAUACUAUGGCGAUAUGCAAAUGGGCUUGGUACCCUGAUCUUUUUAUCACUUUCACUUGCAAUCCGAAAUUGAAAACUAUUUAUUUAUCCAAUAAAUUUAUUUUGCUUCUUCGUGCGGUGAUUUAUACAAUUGAGUUCCAAAAGCGAGGGUUGCCUCAUGCUCAUAUAUUGCUCUUUCUUCAUGAGCAUAACAAAUAUCCAACUACUGUUGAUAUUGAUCAAAUAAUAACAGCAGAAAUUCCAAAUGAAGCAGUUGAUCCUCAUUAUUAUAGGGCCGUGAAAAGUUUCAUGAUGCACGACUCAUGUGGUUCUGCCAGAAAAUCUUCCCCUUGCAUGCAGAAUGGGAGAUGUACAAAGUGCUUUCCAAAAAAGUUUACUGAGCCAACCACAAUUGAUGAAGAUGAUUAUCCUAUUUAUAGGAGAAAGGAUAAUGGAAGAACUAUCAAGAAGGAUGGUAUUGACUUGGACAACAGGUAUGUGGUGCCACACAAUCGUUUCUUAUUAUUGAAAUAUGGUGCUCACAUCAAUGUGGAGUGGUGCAAUCAAUCGAGAUCAAUUAAGUACUUAUUUCAAUAUGUUAACAAAGGAAAUGAUCGUGCCACUGCUGCUUUUUCUAGAAGUGUGCAAGAGGAGGGUUCAUCGGUUGUUGAUGAAAUUAAUAUGUACUAUCAUUGUCGAUACAUAUCACCUUGUGAAGCUGCUUGGAGAAUAUUCAAGUUUCCUAUUCACUAUAGACAACCUUCAGUGGAAAGACUAUCAUUUCAUCUUCCAAAUGAACAACAUGUCAUAUUCUCUGAUGAUGAUCAGAUUGAUGAUGUUGCCAAUAGACCCACUCUAUUCAAGUUCCACAAUAUUUAUGUUCUUUCAGAGGCGGAGCUAACAGAUGAUGAAUUGAAAAAUUGUUGCUUACAAAAGUUGGAAAUUUUUUUGAAAGGUUGCGGAAGAAGUUUUCAGGAUUUUCCAAUAAUGCCAAAACCUCUUUACAGUGAGGGAGAAGGUGACCAUAGCAAUAGAUUAAUCCAUGAUGAAUUGUGUUACAAUAGAUGCUCAAUGUUAGAGGAACAUCAACAAUUAUUAAGGAAUUUGACGGCUGAACAAAAGUCAGUUUAUGAGAAAAUUAUGGCAGCAGUGAUUGAGGCCAAAGGUGGAUUGUUCUUUUCAUAUGGUUAUGAAGGAAUUGACAAGACAUUUAUUUGGAAGACUCUAUCUUCAGUGCAUUCGAGAUUUGCAAUUCCUCUCAAUCCAAUUGAAGAUUCAACAUGCAAUAUAAAGCAAGGUAGUCCUUUAGCAAAAUUGAUCGUUAAGGCAAAGUUGAUUAUUUGGGAUGAGGCACCGAUGAUGCAUAGAUACUGUUUCGAAGCUCUUGAUCAAACUCUUAGAGAUAUUCUUAGAUUUAAAGACACAUCCAGUCUAGAUCGACCAUUUGGAGGUAAAACAGUUGUUCUUGGUGGUGACUUCAGAGAAAUUUUGCCAGUCAUUACAAAAGGUACUCGGCAAGAUAUUGUUAAUGCUUCUCUAAACUCUUCAUAUUUAUGGCCCCACUGUGAAAUCUUAAAACUAACAAGGAAUAUGAGAUUGCAAGGAAAUCAGUUAGGGCCACAUUUAGAUGAGUUAAAAGAAUUUUCAGACUGGAUUUUGGCAAUUGGUGACGGAAGAAUUGGAAGUUCUACUGAUGGAAUUAAAAAGGUUCGAAUCCCCGAUGAUCUUCUCAUACAUAAUUGUGAUGAUCCAAUAUCUGCAAUUGUAGAAAGUACUUAUCCUGAUUUCUUUAAACAUUACAAUGACAUGAUUACCUCCAAAGAAGAGCAAUUCUCGCUCCGACUCUUGACAUGGUGGAAUCUAUCAAUGACUUUGGACCACGUACAUACACUAGAAUUGCUAAAUAGUAUUAAAUGUUCUGGAGUUCCAAAUCACUCCAUUACUCUAAAGGUUGGUGUUCCUGUGAUGUUACUGAAAAAAAUAGAUCAGUCAUCGGGAUUAUGCAAUGGUACAAGAUUGAUCAUCACAAAACUUGAAAAUCGAGUUAUUGAAGCCAAGGUUUUAUCAGUUCACCAGAGGUUUAUCACUACAAAGGGUGAUAAGCUUGCUCAAGGAGUCACCGGUUUGAUUCAGUCGCAUAUUAGUCCUCCGUCGUUUUUGUGGCAUAAUCCACAAAGUUCCAAGCUUUUUGAUGUAGAGUUGAUUAGUCAAAGUUUCAUUCCGAGGGAUUUUGGGAUAGCUGUGGAUAACACUGCCAUUUCAGGGGUUUCUGCAAUUUUUGAUAUUGGGAAUAGAUUAGGGUAG